GUCAGAUGUAGAUUUUUUUCAAUGUUUUGGUUUCGCAAUGUUAUUAAUUGUUUAUUCUUACGACUUUUAUAAAAUAAAUACCAAUAUUUUACUGUGUUAACAAGUGUUUGUAAGUAAACUGAAACUCAGCAAGAAUUCAUAAUUCAUACGGAUAAAUAAAGUAACGUAACGGAAAAAACGCAAAUAUUUAGAGGUUAAAAUUCAAUAAAAACAAUGAUUUUACGCAAACUACUAACAGUUCGAAGUAGUGUUUGUAUAAAAUACUCAAAGAAAAACCUCUACAGACUUUCAUCUUCCAACAAUCCUCCAUCAGCAGCUUAUUUUUCAUGCUUAUCAAAUCAAUACGACAACAGGCAUAGAAAUAAAUUGCCCAAUCAGGAUUGGCCACUGUCAUUAUUGCCAAGAAGGUACUGGUCCAGUUUACUAGAUGGAGAUGUUACUGAGCUACAGAAGACAGCACGGGAAAAUGAACUGAAAUCAAUAGCAACCCUAUUUCCUCAACCACGAGUUACGCUAAACCAACUAUCAUCAAAGUUACCGCACAAAGUGUUUGACAUUCACUAUAAGCAGAGUGUGUCUACACCCAAAGGAGGAAGGAAGAAAAAGGUAGUGCAGAACAAUGAUUGGACUUGCACUUAUGUGUUUUUGUGGCCAGAGAAGAUUAAAUUUGAGAGCACAUGCACAUCAAAAAAGCAAGCGGCUGAGAAAGCGGCAACACAAGCCCUACUCUACUUAUACCAGAACAAAAGAAUAGACAAGAACGGACAUCCAGUCUAUGACAGAGACAAGCUAGAGGAAAUAAAGAGCACAUUGAAUGAGCCAUUUACAGCCACUAUUAGUGAAAACUCUAUGGAAAGUGUUAAACGCGUUUGGGAAGAGUAUGAUGGAGGAAUACGUGGUGUAUUUGAAAAAACCCACAAGGAGGCGAUGGGAAAAAUAAUGAAUAGAGAAACUUCUCUUUUAAGAAAUGACUCUACUAUUGAUAGCGAUGAUGAUGUUUCGGAAGGCCAGGAUAACAAUGAAAACACACAAGAUCUAACAAAUACUACAGAACUAAGAACACCAGUCCACCCAGUAUACGGCAAGCCGGUGGCCGCGCCCUCUAGAAGUGCGCUGGAGCGCCGGCAGAUGGCGUUGGAACGUACUUUCCAGUUUUACAAGAGAGAAAUCACGCCACUUCCCAUUGAUAAAUAUGCAGACACCAUAUCCCAAACGCUCCAAUCCCACCGCACUGCUAUCUUAGUCGGCGCUGCCGGUUGCGGCAAAUCUACCCGGGCUCCGGCGGCCAUCUUGAAUAGUGGUGGCAGCGGGGUGCGGGCAAUAGUUUCUGGGCCGAGAAAGGUGGCCGCGGUCGGGCUGGCCAGCAGAGUCGCUAAGGAGAUGGGGGAAGAUGUAGGCGAAACAAUAGGCUACCAAGUGCGCCUGGACAGCCGGCCGCCGCGCCCGCCCGCCGGGUCCGUACUGUACUGCACGUCCGGAGUACUGCUGAGACGACUGCAGAAUGACCCCGGUCUCCACGGCUGCACCCACGUGUUUAUAGACGAAGCUCACGAGAGAGACGUCAACACUGACAUCACCCUGUGUCUACUGAAGCGAGCACUGGACUUGAAUAAAGAGUUGAGAGUGGUUGUUAUGAGUGCUACGCUUGAUAUUGAGGUUUUUACUAAAUACUUCGACAACUGCCCAGUAAUAGAGGUCCCAGGCCGCACAUACCCGGUAGAAGUGACGUAUUUAGAAGAUUUACAGAGUAAACUGGGAAAUGUAGACGUCUCGCUCACACUACAGGCGUGUGAAAGGGAUGACGGGAGACCUAAUGUUCACUGUAAUGAGAUAGCUAAUGUAGUGAAAGCCAUAGACAAAACUCAGCCAGAAGGGGCGAUUCUAGUAUUCCUGCCGGGGUGGCACGAGAUCAAGACCACACACAAACUUUUGACUAGUGAAUUACCGGAAGCGACCCACAUGGUUUUGCCAGUGCAUUCACGAUUACCACUAGAAGAACAGACCAAGAUCUUCACAAAACCUCUGCCGGGCAUCCGCAAGAUAGUCCUAGCUACGAAUAUAGCUGAAACCUCUCUGACUAUACCUGACGCGGUGUAUGUGGUGGACUCAGGGGCUCACAAGGAGAAUAGGAUUAAAGAGGGCACAGGCAUGUCAUCGCUGCAGACAGUGUGGGUGUCUCUAGCCAGCGCUCAGCAGAGAACGGGCAGGGCCGGCAGAGUGCAACCAGGUUACUGCUAUAGACUGUAUACGAAGGAAAAAGAGAAACAAUUUGCACCGCACACUGCGCCAGAGAUAUUACGAGUACCCCUCGAGCAAACGGUGUUGGAUUGUAAGUCUUAUGCGCCAGACGUUAAAGUUGCGGAUUUCCUGUCACAGUUGCCUGAACCGCCUACCCAGAAAGCCAUAGAUUUUGCUCUCAACGAUCUUAUUGAUUUGGGCGCCCUAACCCCAACAGAACAGCUAACCCCGCUAGGCAGAACUCUAUCCAACUUCACACUGCCAGCUCGAGUGGCUUGUUCCCUACUUCACUCUAGUGUGAUGUACGCCACCGCUACUGCUUUGAACAUAGCCGCAAGACAAUGUGAUAAGAGUGCACUGGUUACUGGAAGUAAUGAUAUUCGUGAAUACAAGAAAAAGUAUCAUCCCACUUCUGACCAUAUAGCAUUGCACUGUAUUCAAGAUGAAUACGAAACUAUACUAGAGCAGGAUGGGUAUAAUGCGGCUAUGCGUUGGUGUGAAAGAGAGGAGCUGAGAAGAGAUGGAUUGGAGUAUAGUAAAGCGCUAGCAAAAAUCCACGCGGCCCAGCUUCUAAAUAGCGGCAUGUUUCACAACUCAGAGAUAUCAGAACUGAACAGAUUCGUCGAUGUAGACUGUCUCAGUAUAGCGGGACUAUUGAGUGGGUCUAACUCGCUGUUAGUGGCUAAACGGUGUUUGAGGACUAAGGGCAAGUUGGCCACGGUUAAGGAGGUUUUCACUAGCACCGGCGACCGAGCCCACAUAUCCUCCAACAGUGUAAACAAGAACAUAGUCAAGUCGCGGUCCGGUGCAAAACCCGACUUACUCUGUUACUUCGAGGGUAGACAUUCUACGGAACGCCGGGCGGUGGUUUUGAACGAUACUUCUCUGGUUACUACACAUAUGGCAGUGUUGUUCUGUAAAGGGACGGUUACUUGUGAUGAGAUACAAGGAUCGCACGAUAUGAGCGUUGUACGUUUGCCGCGACAUCGAUUAAACAUAGAAAUGCCUUCAGAGCAAGCCGACCUCCUACUAAAAGCCAGAGAAAUGAUAUGGAGCACAUUUCAAUAUUACUUCGACAGAGACACGAGAGGUUUAGAUGAAGAAUUACUAACCCUAGUAUCUAAGUUCCGACUAAAAUUAGUAAAAGCCAUCGGAAGAGUAUUGGUUGAGGCAGAAAAUGAGCAGAAUGGUGUCUCAAAUUAUAUUCAUGAUGAAAAUACCAAUGAUGAUGAUUUGGAAGACAUAAGAUAAGUUAAAAUUUUAUUUUUUUCGUAGUUAUUACCGUUAUAAACUAAAUAACUACAUAAAUGUCGGAUGGAACAGUUACUCUUGUGUUUGUAGAUAUUUAUGUAUUUAUAACUUAUAUGUACUAAUAAAUAGUAAUAAGGAUAAAACGUCUGAUUGUUUGCAUACACGGAUGAAAAAGUUCUUUACAUAUUUUAUCUAAUGUACACUCACUGACACGAAAAGUUACCCAAACAUAACUUAACCAAAUUGUAGGUAAAAUUCUUGUUUGAUAUAAUAUUUUUGUGGGUUUAUGUAUGUCGAUUGAAUACAAUAAUGACAAUGUCCAAGUGUGUAAAAAGUUGCUGGGGCUCAAGCUAGGCUUUAUGUGUGAUUUUUAACUUUUUGGGUUAUUUUACUAUCGUGGGCUUGAUAUACAAAUUCGGUGUUCGAGUGUAGGUAGAAACUAGUCUACAAUUUAAAUCUAAGCAUAGACUAAAGUCUAUGAUGUUAGUAAGUAAUAUUCAGUGCAAUACUGUGAUAAAAUCAAUUAAGAUCAAAGAAGUUGAAUGGUUAUGCGAGUUGUAUUAAAUAGUUUAUAAAUUAUUGCACAAAACAGUUUAUUAUUUUGAUUCCUCCUAAAUAUAAUAGUUUAACAGAUUUAAAAGAUCCUAAUAGUUAAAACGUUAUACACCCGGCGGCGAUAACAUAUGUGGCCUCGUAAAUAAUAGAUGGCGUUGUAUAUUUUUAACGUUUUAACAUACAAUUUUGGCAUUUGUUUUGCGCAGGCGCAGCAAGUGUCACUGUUACGUCAAAACAAAGCAAAUGUCAAAUGCAAACGUUUCGUUCUACGGAUUUCUCAACUUGAAGUACCUUUUUCUAUGAAUACCAACUUAU